GUAACCGGAAGCAUCUUAUUGUGAAACCACCUCAUGACGUGCGAAGUUUCGUCACCGUUUUCCCCGUAAACAGACCUCAACAGAGAAAGACAAUUCAAGAUGAAGUCACGAUUUAGUACUAUCGACAUAGCUGUCGUUAUUAAAGAGCUUCAAAGGUGCUAUGGUAUGCGAGUUGUAAAUGUGUAUGAUGUUGACAACAAAACCUACCUCAUCAAGUUAGGACGGCCAGAGGAAAAGGCUGUUAUACUGAUAGAGUCUGGCAUCAGAAUUCACUGCACUGAGUUUGAUUGGCCAAAGAACAUGGCUCCGUCGGGUUUCUCCAUGAAGCUGAGAAAGCAUAUCAAAGGUCGACGUUUGGAGUCCAUCACACAGCUUGGUGUAGACAGGAUAGUUAAUCUCCAGUUUGGGUCCGGAGAAGCUGCGUAUCAUGUCAUCCUGGAACUAUAUGAUAGAGGAAAUGUUGUGCUGACCGAUUAUGAGUUUACAAUCUUGAACAUUCUGCGGCCCCGUACUGACCAGAGCCAGGAUGUGAGAUUUGCUGUACGAGAGAAGUAUCCCAUCACAUCCACCAAAACACACGAGGUUCCUACAGACGAAAAGUUAAUGGGACUACUUUCUGCAGCAAAAGAGGGUGACUCCUUGAAGAAGGUCCUUGUGUCGCAUCUGGACUAUGGUCCUGCCAUUAUUGAUCACAGCCUGAUGAUAGCUGGUGUUCCCGAGUAUGCCAAGAUCGGCAAACAUUUCUCCAUUAAAGAUGACCUACAGAAGCUAAGGAUUGCUGUGGAGGAGGCAGAAAUGCUAUUUGCUUUACUGCAGAGUGAACCCUGCAAGGGUGUUAUUGUACAAAAGAGAGAGAAGCGAGUCACAGUGAAGGACGGCGACAGCCAGGAACUGCUGACAUAUGAAGAGUUCCAUCCGAUGGUGUUCAAGCAGUUCGAACAUAAAACAAUGUGUGAAUUGGUUACAUUUAACAAGGCUGUGGAUGAAUUUUUCUCACAGUUGGAAAGUCAGAAGCUGGAUAUGAAAAGUUUGCAACAGGAAAAAUCAGCAUUGAAAAAGCUUGAUAAUAUAAAAAAGGAUCACGAGAAGAGAAUUGACAGCCUUCAGAAAGUGCAGGAGACCGACAUCAGUAAGGGCCAGCUCAUCGAAAUGAACCUGGAGCUGAUUGACAAGGCCAUUACGAUUGUGAGGAGUGCGAUAGCCAACCAGAUAGACUGGACAGAGAUCAACAACCUGGUAAAGGAGGCCCAGACACAAGGGGAUCCGGUCGCUAAGGCCAUCAAAGGCCUCAAACUCGAUUCCAACCACAUUACAAUGUUGCUCAGAGACCCAUAUGCAGACAGCGAUGAGGAAGACGAUGAGUGUCUCUCACCACAGAAGGUUGAUGUUGACCUUUCUGUCAGUGCUUAUGCCAACUCUCGCAGGUUCUUUGACAAGAAGAAACAGGCUGCUAAGAAAGAACAGAAGACCAUUGAUGCUUCUGCCAAGGCUCUCAAAUCUGCCGAGAAGAAGACCAAAGAGACGCUGAAGGAGGUAGCGACAGCAGCCUCCAUCAACAAGACGAGGAAAACCUACUGGUUUGAGAAGUUCCUGUGGUUCAUCACCUCUGAAAACUUCCUGGUGAUAGGUGGUCGAGAUCAACAACAGAACGAGAUGAUCGUGAAGCGCUACCUCAAACCAGGGGACCUGUACGUCCAUGCUGACCUCCACGGAGCCAGUAGCUGUGUCAUCAAAAACUCAACUGGUAAUCCUGUACCUCCGAAGUCUCUCAAUGAAGCAGGAAGUAUGGCCAUUUGUAACAGUGCAGCUUGGGAUGCGAAAGUUGUGACCAGUGCAUGGUGGGUUUAUCAUGAUCAGGUGUCCAAGACUGCGCCUUCUGGGGAGUACCUGACGACAGGAAGUUUUAUGGUCAGAGGAAAGAAAAACUAUCUUCCACCAUCAUUUCUUGUGUAUGGAUUUGGGUUUGUUUUCAAGCUUGAAGAUGAUUCCAUCAUUCGUCAUAAAGGGGAGCGCAAAAUCCGAACAACUGAGGAAGAUGAGAUGUCCAUCAUAACAGAGAGUGAUAUGGCCACAGAUACUGCCAGCAUGGCGGAUGUCAGUGAUGAUGACAGCAGUGACCAGGACGACACCUCACAGACAGGUGAAGAGGGGCAGCAACAGGGGCUUGACACACUCGAGGAACAGGAGGAGGAAACUCAGGAACAAGGCAUGCAAAUAGUGGAGGUUAAAGUUGAAGGGGUCAAAGAGAAGGUGAAAGAGGAGGUAGAAGAAGAGAAAGAAGAGGAGUCCUCAAUGUUCCCAGACACAGAAAUAAGUUUGCAACACAUCAAGGGAGAUAAGUAUGAACUACAGAGAGGAAGAAGUAACACCAGUGACAGUGUUGAGACUGUGGAGAUAUGUGUGGAGAAGGAGAAGAAGCCUGUGGUACCAACAGUUGUACGACUGUCAGCUAAGCAAAGAAGGGACCUGAAAAAAGCCAAGAAAGCUGCACAACAGCCCCAGGAAGAUGAGGAGGACAGUGUAUCGUGGCUCAGUCAAGGUCAACAAGGUCAAAAGGGAGGUCAAGGACAUCAACAGCAGCUGGAUCAGCAAAAACAGCAGCUGGAUCAGCAGAAACAGCAGCAGAAAGCCAUUGAAGAAAGACUGUCUGUCAAUAAGGAAGAACAUAACGAUUCAGAUGAUUCAAAACUACACCAACCCGAAAACAAACAGAUUCAGGAGCAGCAAACACAAGCAAAACGAGGCCAGAAGGGUAAGUUGAAGAAGAUGAAAGAAAGGUAUGCAGAUCAAGAUGAAGAGGAGAGGCAGCAAAAGAUGGAUAUUUUAGCGUCUGCUGGUUCUAAAAAAGAAGAUAAAAAAAAGAAAGGGAAGAAGGGAAAAGGAGGCGAGUCUGAUCAAUCACGACCUCAGAGUGCCAAACAGCAGUUACAGCAACAGAAGAAAAAAGGCCUCCCUCGUGGAGUAGAUGUCAUUCUACAGCCCACCGCAAAUCUCAUCGUAGAAGAUGCUACUGGAAUAACAGAAGACAAAAAAGCUGAUCAAGAGAUUGAGGGAGUUCCAGGAAACAGUCGGGAGGAUAAGAUUGAUGACAAGGGAGAGGAUGAGACAACACACGUAGCAGAUGAUCUUCAGAUGUUGGACUCCCUUACUGGAAUACCAGUCACAGAGGAUGAGCUUCUUUACGCUAUUCCUGUGUGUGCACCUUACAAUUGUUUGGUCAACUACAAAUACAAAGUAAAACUUACACCAGGUUCAACGAAGAGAGGAAAAGCUUCAAAGACGGCAUUGAAUAUGUUUCUACAUGACAAGGCAGCAACGAGUCGGGAAAAGGAUCUAAUGAGAAUAUUAAAAGAUAUUGAUCAAAGUCGUAACAUUCCAGGAAAAGUUAAGGUGUCUGCACCCAAUCUUCACAGGAACAAGAAGAAGAAGUGACCAGAAAACAGACAAAAGGUUUAUUUGUAAAUUAAGUUAGUGAAUUGGAUACGCAUCUGGACUGAUGAUGUCAGGAAUGAUCUGUGUGUGAUCCCUCGUCUCCGUAAAACCACGGGUUGUGUUAUACAUAAUUAUCUAGAAGAUGUCUUAAAGUUUUGUUUUAAAUGCACUUAACAUUUUCUUCUAGAAGUUUUUUUAAUGUUAAUUUAGUAAAUAUUUAUUGUGGUUAAAUUACAUUUGACAAUAAAUGUAAGUUAUAAUAUGAUGGAUUGUGAUAUCACAAGAGUAACUUACAACAUCUUUGAGACUUUAGGACUGUAGCAACUGAACACAAUGAUAGCUCACAAGGGAUAGAUAGUGACAACAUGGACUGAGUUUGGCCACUAAGUUACUUCAUCAUCAGCUGAGUUUGAUGUGAUAUGAGCUGGCUGUUACAACAAACACUGAGGGAUUGUGUACUAGAGAUGACUACAGAGUUGUGUAUUGUGAACAGAGUUUGAUGGAUUAUGAACUCUUUGAUGGACUCUGGACAGACUGAUGGACUCUGGACAGACUGAUGGCUUGUUAGCUGGUGAUGUAACAACAGGGUCUGAUCGACUGUAAACUAGUUAUAUGAUUAUAACAGAGCAUCAGGGAUUUAUUGAAAAUGUCAAUAUAAUUUUAAAAUUUAAAGGCUACUUUUUUAACUGUACGUGCUAGUCAAUAAAAUUUAUAUUUCAACUGACGAUGGUUACUAUUUAAAACAUCUGACAUCAUGAAAUGAUAAAUGUUCAAUUUUAAUUACUGCUGCAUAUGUAGGAUAUGUAUGCAUCCGCAUAUUGAGGCCAGACCUUUUGGAUGCUAAAUUGAUCAUGUUUUGCCUUUCCCGUGGGAAAUUGAACUGAUUUGUGUCAAUAAACACCGAAGAUAUUCAGAUGUGAUUGUAAUGUCUGGAAGGAUAUACAAAGACUGUGAUAAACGGGCUUGUUACAUUGUAAGAUAUUAAAGAAACAGCUUUUGUCAUUCAUAAG